UGAGCAAAAGUUCUACUUGAAGAUGAUCCACAGUCUGUUCCUUAUAAACUGUUCUGGUGACAUAUUCUUGGAGAAGCACUGGAAGAGCGCGGUCAGCCAAUCUGUGUGUGAUUAUUUCUUUGAAGCCCAGGAGAGAGCGGCCGACGUGGAAAAUGUCCCUCCCGUCAUCCCCACGCCUCACCACUAUCUCAUCAGCAUCUAUCGGGAUAAAAUCUUUUUUGUGUCUGUCAUUCAGACAGAGGUGCCUCCUCUCUUUGUCAUCGAGUUCCUUCACCGGGUGGCAGAUACCUUCCAGGAUUACUUUGGAGAAUGUUCAGAGACGGCCAUUAAAGACAAUGUUGUCAUUGUCUACGAGCUUCUGGAAGAGAUGCUGGACAACGGCUUCCCGCUGGCGACGGAAUCCAACAUCCUGAAGGAGCUCAUCAAACCUCCCACCAUCCUGCGCUCUGUUGUGAACUCCAUCACAGGCAGCAGCAACGUGGGUGACACUCUUCCGACGGGCCAGCUGUCCAACAUUCCCUGGCGGAGAGUGGGGGUGAAGUACACCAACAACGAGGCCUACUUCGAUGUGGUGGAAGAAAUUGAUGCCAUCAUAGACAAGUCUGGCUCCACUGUCUUUGCGGAAAUCCAAGGGGUCAUCGAUGCCUGCAUCAAGCUCUCGGGGAUGCCUGACCUCUCGCUUUCUUUCAUGAACCCGAGGCUUCUCGAUGACGUGAGCUUCCACCCAUGCAUUCGGUUCAAGCGCUGGGAGUCGGAAAGAGUCCUCUCCUUCAUCCCUCCAGAUGGAAACUUCAGACUGAUUUCCUAUCGGGUCAGUUCACAAAAUUUGGUUGCCAUUCCCGUGUACGUGAAGCACACCAUCACUUUCAAAGAGAACUCCUCUUGUGGAAGGUUUGAUGUCACGAUCGGACCGAAGCAGAGCAUGGGGAAGACGGUGGAAGGGGCUGUCAUGACAGUCCACAUGCCAAAAGCAGUACUCAAUAUGAACCUGACAGCCUCCCAAGGCAGCUACACUUUUGAUCCCGUCACGAAGGUGCUAAUGUGGGACGUCGGCAAGAUCACCGCUCAGAAGUUGCCCGGCCUUAAAGGAGCAGUGACCUUGCAGUCUGGAGCCCCCAAGCCAGAAGAGAACCCCAGCCUGAACAUUCAGUUCAAGAUCCAGCAGCUGGCCAUUUCAGGACUGAAAGUCAAUCGCCUGGACAUGUACGGAGAGAAGUACAAGCCUUUCAAGGGCGUGAAGUACAUCACAAAAGCGGGGAAAUUCCAAGUCCGAACUUGAGGCACACGAUCCCUGCUUUUCUGGCAGGAAACGGGAGUGUGGCUUUGAUUUGUGGAGGGUUUUUUGUAUGUUGGAGGGUAAAUGUGAUUCUGUAGCGAUGCACUCUUAGAUGCCAAUUGAACGAGGGCUCUGAUUUGCCUCAUCCCCACACACUGUAGCCCCCUCAAGCCUCAUGGUAGCUUAAUGCAUCACGGUCUGUGGCUUUGAACUAGAGUUGUUCUUUCUGGAGCACCGUUUCCUUUCUGUGGAAUCCUCGGGUUCUUGAAAUCAUCACGACACCCCCAGAACUGCCCGCAGAACCAGCUAAUACUGUACACUGCCAAGCAGCCUACCAAAGCACAAGAAGAAAGGUGCGGAAUAUCUGGCAAGCCCCUCCCUUGGACAGCACUGCAGAAGACACGAGCGCCCAGAGCCCGGGAGAAGUUGGCGCACUCCACACGGCUCUUUGCAAGGCCUCGUGGGAGAGGAGGAGGAGGAGGCGGCUCCCCGCACUGUUUACCGUACUCUGCCUUCUAAGCCAAAGUGUGGGCCUUACCUGCUUUCCUCUUGUGUGUCCAGCAGACAAUCGGGAGCCAACGCUAGUUUGUCUACCGACUUGCUUUUCUUGGCAGGUGCAAAGUGGUAUCGAAGUGGGCUUGGAUUUUGCCGGUACCCCCUACUUUAAAAGUGUCUCUUCUCACACCCACCGUUGUCCGUCAGUGCCGUGGAUACCUCAAGAGUAGCGGCACAGGGUUGUGUUGCUGGUUUGUAAUGAAAUAAAAGGGAACUCCGCUA